AUGGCCGGCGCUUUCGAGCCUGGAUCCGACAUUAGAGAUGACGUCUCUUCGGCUGGUAGCGUCCACGAGAACGAAGGAAAAGAGAACAGACCACCUCAGAGGCAGUAUCGUUCGACCGAGCAGGAUGAUUCCUCAUUACUCCCAGCGCAGUUCGACGUCCCAAGCAGUCUGCUCGACGAUUCUCGCGCGCAGGAUAGCCAGCUCUCCGAAGGACGCUAUGACCUACCUGGCGUCACGAAUACCGUGCUUGAAGAGGAGGAGAUGAAGAAGAGGCUAGCAGACUUCGAAUCGAGCUUCCUACCUGAACCUUCCACCUUGUCUGAGCAGGUCGAUAGUACCUCUGCUUCUCUGCCGGCCGACAUCUUUGAUCCGAAGUUGCACGAUAGUCAGACAACUGGUGGAGUUCCUACUUAUGGACGAAGUGACCCUCAAGAGCCUCAAGAGCAAUUUAUCGCAACCUCUACACAUUCUCCUAUGGAUUCGAGUGUCAAGACACCUGUGACAGACCAGUUUCCGGACGUGCAAGAGGAGGAAGAAACAGUCAAGAAGAAUGAUCGUACACCAAACACUUCGGCCCUCGAGCAGAUGUCUUCUUCUCCCACUGCCGCUCGUACUGUUUCUCGAGCUCAGUCCAUGGCUAGUAUGGGUGGAUAUGAAACGGCCACAGAAAGAGAAUACCCAGACUCUCCUACACGAAAGCGCGCGCACAGCGUGGGUCAAGACCCAGAUGCAACACCUCGAAAGGAUAGAGGAAACACUCUUUCCAGUCUGGGUACCUCCGGCACGAUAGAGGUGAAAGUCGAAGACUUUGAUGCAGCGCCACUGAACGUUACUCGGAGACGACCACAGUAUCUAAAGACCAGCGAAGCGACGUUGGGUGCGGAUUAUGCCUUACAGACUGGAGGAGCUGCGCCUGAGAGUACUAGAUUGAGGAGGAGGCCGAACAUGACACUUAGUCGAAGCACGAGCCUAGGCAGCCUAGCCAGUGGCGUGAGCAACAUCAGCGACGAUGAAGGUAUUACAGUUCAAAAACGAUCUGGUAUGGGCAUUCCUCCUGAAUUGAGCACCCUGCAAGAGGAAAGCCCGUCCGUAUCAAAACACAUCCGAACAGGAUCGCCCAACCUCACCAUCACCCCACGAGCUUCGACAAUGCGCUUGAGCAUGCCUACAGAUAGUGUCAUCGCAAAUCACGUGCGAGAUCUGGAGGUUCCAGACACUGUCGCUCGUCAAUUCAGAAGUGAGCGGAGCCGAAGCCCCGAGAAGAACCUAUUUAUGGCUACCAUGACUCCUGGCCCUAAGAGGGGUUUGACAUUGAAGGAGCACAGAUCUACUGUUGAAAAACUCGGCAAAGAAAACUUCGAUCUGAAGAUGAAGAUUCACUUUUUGGAUCAGGCACUACAGAAGAGAUCGGAAGAUGGCAUCAAGGAGAUGAUUACUGAAAAUGUCCAGCUGAAAUCUGAUCGAUUGCGACUCGAAAAGGACAACCACAAUUUACGGAAGCAGAUUAGGGACUUACAACGUAAACUGGAGGAAGCCACUGGCAAGAACGAAACUGACGACCAGGGUUAUGCCACUGAUGAAGAGCGCAGCCCGACUGUCGAGGAGGAAGUGCUCUACCUCAGAGAGAGAACUGAAAUUAUGGAGACUGAGAUGGAGAAGUUGAGGCAAGAAAAUAUCAACAAGGAAAGCGAUAAGAGACGACUUGCUGAGAUGAUGCGGAAUCUAGGUGAUUCCAGACCUGGCGGGAGUGAAGUUGGCAGUAGAGAGGAGCGCGACAUGUGGAAGGAUAUGCUUGAGGCUGAGACUAUUGCUCGAGAACAAGCCGAGGACGAUGCUCGAAAGCUGCGGGAAGAGCUCGCAAAACUCAAGCAGGAUUCUUCAAGACCUGGCAGCAAAUUGCGUGUUGUGAAUGGUCUAAUCGUUUCGAGGUCGAGUAGUGUCGAUACUUCAAAGCACAAGGCUGACAACGCAGAACUCGAACGAUUAAGGCACGAAUGUUCUGAAUUACAAAAGACAAUUGGUGCACAGGCAUCAGCACUAACGAGCAGGAACAAGGAGAAAGAAAUGCUCUACCAGGAGAUCGAGAACCUCAAACUCGGCAGAAUGGGAGGUCUUCGGUCCGUCGCAGGCGACAGCAUCCUUGAACGGUCCGCUUCACGUGCUCGGUCGAACUCUCGAGCCAGUAACGGCACCAGGUAUACUCGCUUGAGCGAUGGCGAAAGAGAGACACUGGAAAACAAGAUCGAUCAGCUUCGUGAUGAAGUCUCUCAGCUCAAACUUGAUAAACAGAAUCUGCAGAACCAGUUUGACGAGGCGCUGACAGAGCUUGAUGCUGUGGAUGCUCAGGCGCAAGCCGAUGCAGACCAGUUUAACGAGGAGCUAAGUAUAAUAGCACACGAACGAGACAAUGCUGUUCGAGAUGCUGAAGAGCAAGACCAAGCUUUCCAACAGCUCAAGAACGAAGCUCAAGAAGAGAUUGAUGGGCUUGGAGAUGAACUCGAUGCCAAGAUCGAGGAAUGUAAUAGGCUUGAGCACGAUCUUAAAGCGCAGGCAGAUAACGUCAAGGAACUUCAAGCCGAGAUGCGAUCUGCUACCGAGGGUCUGAUACGGCUCGAGGAGGAUGCUCAACAAAAUCUUGCCAGGUAUCAGGCUGUAAAGGCUGAGCUUGAUGACUCAAACCGCGAGCUUGAGAACUUGGAGAGGAACCUGCAUGAUGCUCAGAACAAGAACAAGCACCUGACGGUUCAACAAGAAAGCAGCCAGAACGAAAUCGCAUUCUUGAGAGAGGAACAGGACGCCAACAAUAUCAAGAUUGGUGAUCUGGAAUCCCUUCUAAAGAAGACGCACCUUAACUUGGAUGCGGAGCGAGAUCGAGUUAGAGAACUCGAGCGACGUCUCAACGAAGAGCGGACCCAGCACGAGUCGAUAGCUAACCAAGAGAAGCAGGAGAUCCAACGGACGAUCAACGAAUUGAACCGAGAAGCAUCAACCUCGAAGAAUGAGCUUCGACAAGUACGCAAAAUGCUGUCCCAACGAGAGAUCGAAGUGAGCGGUUUCAAGGAAAAAUUGACACACCUCGAAGACAGCCUUCGAGAAACCCUAGGCAUUCCGCAGAGCACAAGCCCUCACCUCGUCGGUGCUGUUACGAAGUUGAUGCAGGAGCUGGAGCAAGCCAAUCACGAUUUGGGAUCCACUCGUCAACAUUUGGACGAGCACAAGCGACUGCUCAACGAUCGUGAUCUUCUCCUAGAAGAUGCUAUGCACGACACUAAACGUCUGGAAGACCUUCUCGAUAAAGAGCGAUCAUUCCGUCGACAAGACAAGCACUCUUUCGAGCAGGCUCUUCGAUCACAUGAGCAGGCAACGCUAAUACAGAGCAAGAGCAACGUCAGGCUUGCCGAGCUGGAGCAAGCACGACUCGCCCAUCGACAGCAGCUUUCGAAGGUUGAAGCACAGUACAAAGAUCAACUUGCCGAGCGCAACCAAGUACUGCUGACAAUUUGGAGGAAAUUGUCUGUUAUGUGUGGUCCCGAUUGGGCACACAACCAUUCGCUCAUCAACGGCAAUCUCCCCUCGCAGGAAGUGAUUGGCAAUACUCUCUUCUGGCCUGGGUUCAGCAGAAACUUGUUGCUUGCAGCCAAGCAGGUAGAAGGUGUGCUCUCCAGCUUCAAAGACAAGAUCAAGACUGUUGAGCGAGAUCUCUAUCGCAACUACAAUUCCCUGGAGAAAGAAUUUGAAGCUAGGAACAAGAAAUUGGAGCGUGUCGAACAGCACUGGGAAGCCAUCAAGCUGCGUGAACGUGAAAUUGAGGCCGGCCUUGCCACGUCACAGGGGAUCCGCCCAUUUAGGACACUGGGGAUGCAGAAGCUGCGCAAUGAGAACAAAUUGCUGAAAGCUGAGUUGCGAUUGUACCAGGACUCUUUACAUGGCAGUCAUCCUGGACAUGCCAAAUCGCAUGAACGAACUGCAGGUACUGAGUCACGAGGCUCGAAUGUUAGUGGAGGUCAGAUUUAUCAACAUGAUGGUGCCUACACCCCAACCGAUACUGCUUCUAUGUCGGUUACUGGAGCUGCCGGCAUACCAACUCGACGCUCAAGCAUGCAAGGACAAAAGCGAAGUACGAAUUCGUCAGUCACCUUAUCCAGGCAUAACUCUACAAACGCAGUCGAAACACUUUCCAAUCGAUCUGAGUCUGCCAAUGGUAGAAACAGCAGCUUUGGAUUCACAAUAGGCAAUCCUGGAACUGCACUUGCCGCAUCGUCGGUGCAAAGUCAAAGCUCUACGACUGAGUCAAAUACUAGCAAGAGCAAGGAAGACACGAGACGAUCUUUGGUCGUGCCUUCUGCACCGACGCAGUAUCCAGUCAAUGGUAACUUCGGCGUACCUCCUGGAUCUUCGCAUAGUAAUCGUUCUUCUGAAGCAGGAACGGCAGGGGCAACUUCAGCCACAGGCAAGGGCGACGACAACAAGUGGAUUCAUCGUCUCCGCGAGCUAGAACGCCGUCUCAAAGUCGAACGCGAGCAGCGACUUGUUGAUCGCGAUGGAGCACGUCGACGCCUGGAAGAACGUGAUGAACAGAAUGACCACUUGAAGCGACAGCUAGAACGAGAACGUCUCGGCCGAGGCUGGCGACAAGAUCACGAGGAACGAGGAGGCUACUUGGUCGCGGACGAACCCAUGCUUAACGAAGUCGUUGGACAGCUGAACGCGCCGCAGACUAUUAGCUCUCAAACACGCGAGGAAUAUGUUCCAGAGACUCCCGAUGAGCGAAUGGACCCCAUGGACCAACAGGACGAAGACGAGGGUCUGCGCACCAGCGAAGAAGACAGGCUAAUGAGCCAAGCCCAAUUUCCGAGCGUUGGCUCUUCACACGCGCAGCGAGUAGCAUUGAAACAGCAAGGUCGCACCUCAAGACCAGAGAGUCUACGCACAGUCAGCCGAGGAAGCAUCGUGAACCUAGUUCGCAAUGGCAGCUACGGCUCAACACAAGCAUUCAGCAAUACUGGCGCCCAACGUCCCAGCGAUACUACCGGACGGACAAACUCUGGCUCUGGCUCCGCAGACCGAGAAACUGAUCGAGGUCGAGAUCGAGCUCGCGACCGAACAAGCAUCGCCUCUGGAUCUACGUCCGGUGAGCGCUGGGGCAAGAACGGCUGCGAGAAGGACGCUAUUCCUCCCACCAACCCUAGGAUGGCUGCGGGUGAGGGCGAGAACACAGGUAUGAGACGUGCGUUGAGGACUGCAUCGUCCAUGGCGGGUAUCUCUGGGCUGUAG